AUGACAUUUUCAAUGUUGCUACAAGAACCAAUUACUACCGCUGAACAAAACUUAUUCGAAAACAAUAAUAAUGACAAUAACGGUGCUAAAUAUCUGCAACAAUAUCUACAUCACACACCAGAUUUAUCUUCUGAUGAAAGUAUUUCUAAGACAAAUCCGCCCCACAUGCGUCAUACUUGUUCAUCAAAACCUGCAAAAUACAUUUCCGUUACAAGAAGGAAAAGUGAACGUGCUAAAUUAAAAGCUACUGAUUGUAUUGAAUGUCGUGAUUUUUAUAAAAUCACAGGGGCCUUACCUUUACCACCUAGUAUAUAUUCACCAUUACCAAUUAACGACGCAAAAAAUCAUGAAGACUUAAAAGAUAGCGAAGAACUUUUAAAAGCUCGUAAACAACAUGUAUCAAGACAUCGAUACAAAUUUAUUCCUGAAGAUGAACCAUCUGGAUUCUGGGAUCUUAAUUAUUCACCUUCUAAAGCAUAA